AUGCGGAAGCAAAAACGCGAACUGCAAAAAGUAAGAGAAGUAAAGGUGCAACGAUCAUAUCCGAUUACUUUACUCGGAAUAACUAAUGCUGAAACGAUUGAUCUAAUAUUCCCUAAUUGGUUCAAUCAAGCAUUCGUGGAAACUAGAAAUGUUGCUACUUAUCGACCAUAUAAUCUCAAUAUGCCAUCAUCUUUAUUAAGGCGAUCAAUUGCACAUUAUCAGGCAGAUUCACCGAUCACUGAACAUGGGAAAAUUUGUGCUGCAUUAAUUGGACGAGGUAUUCUGCUUGCCAAUUACCAACCUAAAAUCAUUUUCACAUCGCCCGAAUUGCGAUGCAUUGAAACAGCUCGUUCAAUUCAACGUUCCAUGCAUAUUGGCAAUUGGAGCUUAUGUGUAGAACCAUCAUUAGUUGAAUAUUCCGGAUUUCGGGAUAAUGCCGAGAAAUACUGGCUUACAACUACACAGUUGCAACAAGAAGGUUAUCUUCCAAUCAAUCAAACCUAUAUACCGCUAUUAAAACUUAAUCAACUGUCAAGAAAUGAGACACCGCAAGAAUUUGUACACAGACUACAACGAUUUUACGAACAUAUUAUUGUAAAUUUUGAACACAGAUGUGUCGUAAUUGUCAGCAAUAUUACUGGAAUUUUUGUGCUCAAUGAUGGUAUUGCUAUUGUCCCAAUGCAUCUGCAAGAGUCUCACGCUUAUAUGAAUAGCUGUCAUCUAUGUGCUAUUGAAGUCACAUCUGAUGGCAAAGUCUGA